CCCGGUGGGGGAGACGCCACCGGCAGAGUCUAGCGGACGCCUCCCCCUCAUUCCCACGAGAUCCGACUCCGACCGAAACCCCCGUCGCCGGCCACCGUCUCGGCAGCCGGCUCCGCACCCGGACGCCGGCGGCGCGAGAGGAAUACGGGGAGCGAUGGGGUGGGGCACGGUGGUCUACGAGGGCGCGGUGGUGGGCUCGUCGCUGGUGGGGCUGGGCUGGGCGGGGCUGUGGUUCCUGAACCGGCGGCUGUACAAGGAGUACGAGGAGCGGCGGGUGCUGGUGCAGAUCCUCUUCGGCCUCGUCUUCGCCUUCUCCUGCAACCUCUUCCAGCUCGUCCUCUUCGAGAUCCUCCCCGUCCUCUCCAAGCACGCGCGCUUCCUCAACUGGCACCUCGACCUCUUCUGCCUCAUCCUCCUCCUCGUCUUCGUCCUCCCCUACUACCACUGCUACCUGCUGCUCCGCAACUCAGGGGUGAGGAGGGAGCGGGCGUGGCUCGUCGCGGCGCUCUUUCUGCUGAUAUUCCUCUACGGGUUCUGGCGCAUGGGGAUUCACUUCCCCAUGCCUUCACCUGAGAAAGGGUUUUUUACGAUGCCACAGCUGGUCAGUAGGAUUGGUGUGAUAGGAGUAUCUGUCAUGGCUGUUCUUUCUGGUUUUGGCGCCGUCAAUUUACCAUACAGUUAUCUGUCACUGUUCAUCAGAGAAAUUGAUGAAACGGACAUCAAAACUUUGGAACGGCAGCUGAUGCAAUCCAUGGAGACAUGUAUUGCUAAGAAAAAGAAAAUUAUUUUGUCCCAAAUGGAGAUGGAGAGGAUUCAAGGAUCAGAGGAGAAGCUAAAGGCCAGAUCAUUUCUGAAGCGUAUAGUGGGAACAGUUGUUCGAUCUGUCCAGGAAGAUCAAACUGAGCAGGGUAUACUUGUAUCCUUGUUUCCUUCUUCUGUUGCUUUAUGUGUUUCUUUGAAGGUGAUAAGCGUUAAUUCCCGGAUCAAUCUUGUAGAUAUAAAAAACUUAGAAGCAGAAGUUCAGGCACUGGAAGAGCUUUCCAAACAGCUGUUCCUUGAGGUAUAUGAACUACGUCAAGCUAAGAUAGCUGCUGCUUAUUCUCGAACAUGGAGAGGACAUCUUCAGAAUCUACUUGGAUAUGCUUUGUCAGUGUAUUGUGUUUAUAAGAUGCUUAAGUCCUUGCAGAGUGUAGUCUUUAAGGAGUCAGGCUCUGUUGAUCCUGUAACAAUGACAAUAACGAUUUUCCUGAGGCAUUUUGAUAUUGGCAUUGAUGUUGCACUUUUAUCACAGUAUAUAUCUUUGAUGUUCAUCGGAAUGUUGGUUGUCAUAUCUGUUCGGGGUUUCUUGGCAAAUGUUAUGAAGUUCUUCUUUGCUGUUUCUAGGGUUGGGAGUGGCUCGACAACCAAUGUUGUUCUUUUCCUAUCAGAGAUCAUGGGCAUGUACUUCAUAUCUUCCAUUCUUCUUAUAAGAAAAAGCCUGGCAAAUGAAUAUAGGAUGAUCAUUACUGAUGUUUUGGGUGGUGAUAUCCAAUUUGACUUCUACCACCGCUGGUUUGAUGCUAUAUUUGUGGCAAGUGCAUUCCUGUCCUUGCUUCUUAUUUCAGCCCAAUACACCACCAGGCAAACAGACAAGCAUCCGAUUGAUUGAUGCAUAUGUCCCACUUGUGUGCAUAGUCUUUUAACCACUAUUUAUCUGAGGUUGACCCAUUUUUGUACCACAGUUUCCAAAGGCACUGUUUCUCCCCCAGACCUCCAUACACAGUUACAGAACAUAAUACAUCAGUUAACUUGAAUGGAUCUCUUUAUUUCAUAAUAUGUCUCCCAGCAGCAUGAUUCAUGGUAAAUUGUUCCUCCGCAUGGAAGUUGUCUGCCAACCCUGCACGUCUAUAGCAAUCACCCGACUCAUGUGUGGUGAUGCUGUAAUGGAUUCCGUUGUACUGUUGUCAGACAACGGAGGAAGCCCAUAUUAGGAAUGGAGUAUGACUUUGUAAAAUAGCUUGAGACUAGUGUGCUAGCAUUGUAUGGGUUUGAUGUAUCUUGAGGAUUCUUUUGGCUGUUAUCUGUAACAUUUGACACAACUUUGAAAUGUAGAUCUAUUAUUCAUUUGAUCACUUUUUUCU